GUCCUACAUAAUAGUUGCAUUCAAGAGAGGCUGGGCUGUCUUGGGAGGGGGGGGUGGGGGCGGGGAGGGGGGGGUGGGGGCGGGGAGGGGGGGUGUGACCGGAGCACUGCGGGUCCCUCCGCCCUUCUGCUGCCCCCAGCCACUGCCGCCUCUGACCAGAGGACUCCACAGCCCACUCCACUCACUCUCCUUUGGAGGUUUCACACCAGAGAGCCAGAAAGAUGGACUUCGGCAUGUCUGUAGCCCUGAGCAAGAGAUUCCAAGGAGGGAAAGCAUUCGGCUUGCUGAAAGCCCGGCAGGGGAGGAGGCUGGAGGAAAUUAACAGGGAAUUUCUCUGUGACCAGAAGUACAGUGAUGAAGAAAACCUGGAGGAAAAGCUCACAGCCUUCAAGGAGAAGUAUAUGGAGUUUGACCUGAACAAUGAAGGAGAGAUUGACCUGAUGUCCCUGAAGAGGAUGAUGGAGAAGUUAGGUGUCCCGAAGACCCACCUGGAGAUGAAGAAGAUAAUCUCCGAGGUGACAGGUGGGGUCAGUGAUACCAUCUCCUACCGGGACUUUGUGAACAUGAUGCUUGGGAAACGUUCAGCUGUCCUGAAGCUAGUCAUGAUGUUUGAAGGAAAAGCCAAUGAGAGUGCCCCCAAGCCUGCUGGUCCCCCUCCUGAGAGAGACAUUGCCAGCUUGCCCUGAAAGUCCCUGCUCUGCCUGCCUGCCUGCCUGCUUCCGUGGCCAGCACUCAGAGGGGUUUCUUCUGUCUCCUUGUGACUUUUCUUGUUUGUUCCUUAUUGUUUUGUGUUUUUUUGUUUGCUCUUUAUUGGUUUGUUGUUGUUUUUUUUUUUACAUUAGAAAGUGUUAGUGGUUUUUUUUUUUUUUAAAAGGCACAAACUAACCUGCCUUAGGAGAGUUAGAAAUGGGAGGAAUCCAAUGUCUUUGGUCCCCUCCCUUCUUUUGCAGGUUUCAUCUGACUUGAGAUGAAUGUUGGGGUAUCACUGAUGUCAAACCAAAUACCCAUCCUUGGAGACCACUAUUUCCUUUCUUCCAUGAGGUCUCUGAGUGAGAUUAGGUGCCCUCCAUAGUGAGAUAAGGGACUUAGAUUUAGAACCUAUAGUUAGCUUCGCACUUCUGCCAGUAGCUUUUGGGAUGAUCUGAGCCAGAAUUUCACUUUACCUGCCUCUUAAUGUCCCCAUCAGGACUCUGUCUUCCUGAUGAUAUAGAUACCUUUUCCACAGAUAGCAUGCUAGAAGCCCAGGCGCAUAGGCAAAACAGCUGGCUACCACUAAGGUUUUCCCCAUCAGCUCUGUGGUCCCAGAUGCUCCUAGACCUCUCUGUCUUUUAGAGAUCCUGCCAUCAGCAUUUUCAUUUGAUAGGAUCUGGGUCUCCUGUAAUCUUUUGCUAGCUCUAAGCCCCAACUCCUCUCACUAUGAAGGAAGGAAGAUGAAGGUGCUGAAAUCGAGCCUCCAGGAUUGAGAAGGGAAGAGGGUAUGGAAGAAAGAGCUAAAAAAUUAGGCCCAACAGAGCAUCACCAGAAAGCGACCUUUGGGACCUUGCUCUCUGGAAGUGAACACAUCUAGGGGCCAAUGAUGACCAUAAGGGGAAGAACAAGCCAAAUCCUGGGUGGCUGAGAAGUGAAGGUUAGACUAGGCUAGAUGCUAUUUCUUCCAGGGUAAGAAAGAUGUGAGAAAAAGAUGAGAGGGCUUUUGAAGGUCUUCCUCCUAGCUGUAGAUAUGGAAGGCAAGAUCCUGCAAAUAGCAUCAGAGGUUAGUGGGGAAAUGAGAACCCCAAUACCAACAUAUUACACCUGACUCUCUAUGAAGGGGAGAGGAGGUAGUCCUUCUGGCCAUGACCUGGCUGGUUUUUUACUCUCUCUGGAAAGCUUUAAUGCUUCUUGAUAGCAAAGGCCUGCUGUCCAGCAAACCUCAUUUGGCCUUUGUUUUCAAAUUGCCCCUCUGGUUUCUCUGAGUGUGAUAUCUGUGACGCAUCUGUAAGGUGUUAUAUUACAGAAAGUGAAUGUUACAGCGAGAAGGGAUUUUGGAACAUGGAAUAUUAGAACUGGGGACCCUCUAGUCCGACUUCAUUGUUAGUAAAUAGCUGAGACUAGAACUGUCUCCUGUCGCAGAAAAGGACAGAAGGAAGUAGCCAAAAAAAUUCUAGGUAUAUGCUUUGUGUAAAACCUACACCAGGUGAAGAUGACUGAGUAUCUCAGUUCAUACCUUUAUAGUCGGGCAUUAGCAUGAGGAAUCCAUUUGCGUGGGCUCUCCUAAAGCAUUCCAUUCCUCAAAGGACCUCUCUGCCUCCUGCCCUCCCAAGCUUCAGAAAGUUAAAUCUUUGAAAUUUUUGUAGGAAAUUGCAAAGUUAGUCUCUUGAUCUACAGUUAACAGGCAGUGCCCUUAAGUCUGAGCUGCCUAUCCAUAUGGAGGUCCCUCUGGAAGCAGCAUUGCAGUGGAUCUGUGGAAGGGGCUUAUUAUAUAGCAUUUACCCACCAUUAAUAGUAUGACAGGAUGGCUGUCUGAGCCCCAGGGCAGCAGGUGAGCAUGGAGUGCCAGCGUGGACGUCUUUACCAAAAGCUCUGUAGAAAACAUGACAAAGAUGGACUUUGUCACUGGCUAGGUCCCUUUGGUGGAGUGAGGGUGGAUCUGUGUUACUGGAAUAUUUGGUGUUGUUAAUAACAGCCCUGUGAGGGGCUGGAAGACUGAAAAAGCAUAAGUAGUCGUAUCUAUGAAUAUUAGGAUGGCCCCCAUUCUGAACAGGGCUUAGCCUGUGUUGUACCUUGCUCCAAUCUUAAUUGUGAAGAUGCUGCUAAGCAAAGGACUUUCUGAAUCAGCUUGGAGGCAGGGUGAAUAAGCUAAGAUAGAGGGCCAUGUCAUUGUUUCAUGUGAGCCUACCUGGUCCUGACAGGUUCAGGAGCAAGGAAACUUUUUUGGCUAUGAAUGGUUGAAUUUUGGCCUAAGUAGCUGCCAAUAUGUGCAGACAUAGUUGAAGUUUAACCUUUGAAACAUUCCUCCUUAUAAAUUCUACCCUUAUUAUUAUUUCUUUAAGACAACCAACAGAGCUAGCAACUGACCUGAAAUCCCCCCUUCCCCUUUUAAACUGCUGUUUUUCUCUGGGAUGUGUUUCGAGAAAAAUGAAUUUUGUUUUGUUUUGGCAUCCCAAUCAGAUACAGAUACAAAGAUUCUUCCUUCGAAGUAAAGAAAGAAGGAGCUGGGCUUCUUUCAGUGGGUUAUGUGGCUUUCUAUGACCCCAGGAAAGCCUUAGGGAUCAUUUCCUUCUACUUCUCCAAGAAACAGGAGCAAGUGAUUUGCUCACAAGCUCUGAGAAGAGGCAGAGAAGGAAGUAUUACUCUUUGAGAGGGGUUUCCUCUGAUAAAACACACCAACUCCUUCUCCAUGGCUCUCUGAGACUCAGAACUUGUUGGAAUUGCCCCUCAAACAGAGCCAUUUCUGGGAAGGGUGAUACCUUGGAUGGACCUGAGGAGCUGCCCCUUGCCUCUGCGGCUUACCUUUUCUGCCAUGGACUUAUGAGAACUGGACUUUCAUAUCCUGACUUUUUACUUUUGAAAGACCAAGUCUGACCAAGUUAUAACUCACCCAGAUUCUGCCAAGGGCUUGGGCCCUUUCUUGUGACUGAAAAGGAAGUGUUCACCGGAGCUGAGUGAAGUGUCUGUAUGUUUGUAUGUCUGGGGAGGGGGUAACACAAGGGGGAGGGUCACUUCUAUAGACAGAAAAUAAACUGGACAAAAUGGUC